GCAGACCACAAUCUGCAUUCGCUCCUGGACUAUUUUUUAAAAUACACAAUUCAUCGGUCGUUUUCCUUUACAGCUCAAAACCAAGUGUGGAUGGUACUAGUAUUAUACACCUGUAAAAUAAAUACAGGUAUUCUGUAUAAAAAUACCCCAUGCCAAGCGCGGCCGAAGUUUGUGAUGAUACCCCAUCAACCGCAUCCUAAGGGCUGAGGCCGUUGACCAAAGGAGUCCAGUGCUCCACCACUCCACGAGAGCUGCGGAUAAGAUAAACUUGUGGUCUUGUACGAUGAGCGGCCGCGAUGCCGCCUCCCCGGCGCCGGCCGACGCCUCCGCCAUAUGCGCUCAGAUCGCGGCCGUCUUCGCCGCGCCAUCCGCGCACCCCCCGGCGCGCGCCGUCCUAGUCUCUGAGCUCGCCGCCGCGUCCUCCCGGGGAGGCCGCGUGUUCGUGCACGGCGUCGGGCGCGAGGGCCUCAUGAUGCGCGCCCUCUGCAUGCGCCUGGCGCACCUCGGCCUCCCCGCGCACUGCGUCGGCGACGUCACGGCGCCGCCCGCCUUAUCGGGAGACCUCCUCGUCGCCUCCGCGGGACCGGGCGCGUUCUCCACCGUCGACGCCAUCUGCGGCGUGGCGCGAGGCGCCGGCACGCGCGUGGUGCUGCUCACCGCGAGGACGGAGGGAGAUUUCCCUGGGCGCCAGGCCGACGUGGUGGCCCACCUCCCCGCGCAGACCAUGGCUGACGACGAGGAUGGCGCGGCGGCGCAGGCGAAGCUGCCGAUGGGGAGCCUGUACGAGGGGGCCAUGUUUGUGCUGUUCGAGAUGGUGGUGCUCGAGCUCGCGGGUGUUCUGGGCCAAAGCCCGGCCCAGAUGAGGGCCCGCCACACAAACUUGGAGUAGUCCGAUGCUACAGCUUUUAUAUUGAAAAAAAAAGUGACAGAAUGUGACCGACCGAUGCUUUUGAGUCUUCAUGAGUUUGUAUAAUAUAGUUGCUUUUAACUCUAGUCUAGCAACUAGUACCCAAUCCUCUAUUCCAGGCAAAGUUUUUGCCUUGAGAUUCAGCCACUUGGAUGAAAGUGACUCUUGGUGA